GCAGGCCGGCUGGCCGGCCGAGGUCCUGCUGCACACCGACACUGAGUACACUUGGACGGAGUGAAGCUGCGAAGCAAACCGCUGCUGCUGAGCCACCGGCAGCGAUCAGCCAUUUGUCUGACUGGGAGUUUCAGCUAUCUAGCAAGCUAAAUAGUUGAAAGUCUACAUUACUAGAAACAACAAAGUGUCUGCAAUACUAAAUUAAAUCCAGAAGCUGUAACUAGUUGUUGCAGUUGCAGCUUGAAAAUGUCUAUAUUACCGUUCACCCCUCCAGUUGUGAAGAGGCUUCUUGGCUGGAAGAAAGGAGAGCAGAACGGGCAGGAGGAGAAAUGGUGCGAAAAGGCUGUCAAAAGUCUGGUGAAGAAGUUGAAACGGACGGGACAGCUAGACGAGCUGGAAAAAGCCAUCACAACACAGAAUGUCAACACAAAAUGCCUAACUAUACCCAGGUCUUUGGAUGGACGUCUGCAGGUUUCCCACAGAAAAGGUCUUCCCCAUGUGAUCUACUGCCGCUUGUGGCGCUGGCCAGAUCUGCAGUCCCACCAUGAACUCAGAGCUGCCGACCACUGUGAAUUUGCCUUUCACACCAAGAAGGAUGAAGUAUGUGUCAACCCCUAUCACUACCAGAGGGUGGAAACACCAAUUUUGCCUCCCGUCCUAGUGCCACGACAUACAGACAUCCCUGCUGAGUUCCCACCACUGGAUGACUACAGCCCAUCCAUCCCAGAAAACACCAAUUUUCCCGCUGGCAUUGAGCCCCAGAACAACUAUAUUCCUGAAACUCCCCCACCAGGGUACUUGAGUGAGGAUGGUGAGACAAAUGAUCACCAGCUUAACCACAGCAUGGACACAGGUUCACCCAGCCUGUCACCCAAUCCUGUGUCACCUGCAAACAAUAAUCCUGACUUACAACCUGUGACGUACUGUGAAUCUGCCUUCUGGUGCUCCAUCUCCUAUUACGAGCUCAACCAGCGUGUUGGAGAGACCUUCCACGCUUCCCAGCCCUCCCUCACAGUAGAUGGAUUCACAGACCCCUCCAACUCUGAACGUUUCUGUCUGGGAUUGCUGUCCAAUGUCAACCGUAACUCAGCAGUAGAGCUCACACGCAGGCAUAUAGGACGGGGUGUGAGGUUAUACUACAUUGGGGGUGAGGUCUUUGCAGAGUGUCUCAGUGAUAGCGCCAUCUUUGUCCAAAGUCCUAACUGCAAUCAGCGCUAUGGCUGGCAUCCUGCCACUGUGUGCAAAAUACCUCCAGUAAACCUACGAAUAAAUAUUUUGUUGUUAGGCUGCAACCUUAAGAUCUUCAACAACCAGGAGUUUGCUGCGCUGCUCUCUCAGUCAGUCAACCAGGGCUUUGAGGCUGUUUACCAGCUCACCAGGAUGUGCACUAUUCGCAUGAGUUUUGUUAAGGGUUGGGGAGCGGAGUACAGACGUCAGACAGUUACCAGCACCCCCUGCUGGAUAGAGCUACAUCUUAAUGGUCCCCUUCAGUGGUUGGACAAGGUCCUCACACAGAUGGGCUCCCCCAGCAUCCACUGCUCUAGUGUGUCCUAGGAGCAGUGCUUUCUUCCAAGCAGGCCUCCUUCCCAUCCACACCCAAACUACAUAGGAAUCAAUCCGUCCAAACACCCUUUCCUCUGCUGUUUGACAUCAUCACAUGUAAAGCACUGUCUUUAAAUCAUUUAAUGUCUCAAUUUGAUCGUCAUUUUAGGACUUUUUUUUCUUUUUUCCAAAGACAGCCACACGAUAUUUGCAGUAGGUUUCAGAAGACAAAUGCAUUUUCCUUAUUAUUCUUUCAGACAUUAUGUCCAUUUUUCCUGUUUAGUAAUUGUAUGUGUCAUAAAGGAGACUGAGAUGUCUAAGAUGUUUGUUUCCCCAAGUUGGAAGUUGUACAGUUUCAACUUGGCCAUCGACAUGUUUUAAAACAUUUUUGAUUCUAUGAAUUAAUCAAUAUUAUGAAUAAGCCUUCAGUUUCCCAGCAAUCACUGAAUUGGGAAGGUUAUUUAUUAAAUGAAUCAUAAAUUAACAUGAAAAAUGUUAUUUAUAGUGACAGGAUAUAUUAAUAUUUUAAGUAGAAGGUACUUUCCCUUAUUGAUUUAUGCUCAAUAAAGAAAUCAUCAGUUAUCUGAUCAUUUAAUUGGUAUUUUGUCUAUUUUAAAAGAAAAAGCAGCAUCAUUGUUUCUGAUAUAGAGCCCUUGUAUUAAAAGUAUUUUGCUCAGUGAAAGAGACAUUUUAUAAGUUAUUUUUGCAUAUUGUCCUGCAUGGGAAUAUAUUUUUCUUAUUGCCUAAAUAUGAUUGUACAUAAUAUUUAUAGCUUGUGAAAUGUGCUAGUCAUGCAUUGCUUGAAAGGAUGGAUCCAAAUGAAUCUGGCAUGGGUGGAUUCACAAUAAGACUUCACUUUGAUGACCCAAAACUUGACUUGAUUACUGUACCAGCCAUUAGUAUUAUUUUACAAUAGGAUGGUUGAGUCAUUAUAGUAAACUGAUUGAAUCCAGACACCAUGUAACUUAAGUAUGAAGGGUACCAAGGUUGUGUUCAUCUGAUGAUGACAGUGUGAAGCGAAAACAACAAUGCAGGUCUUUUCACAUAUUAUCAGCUGUUAACCAAUAGUACACUAUGCUCCUCAUGGGUAAAUUAUGCACUUCAAGUUUACUGUGUCGCUUUAACUGCUGUGGUAGUUUGCUUGUCCACUAAAUACUGUAUAUUAUAUGUACAUUGCUACAAUGUAAGGCAUGUGUAAUAUGCUCACUGUCCUUGGUCAUUAUCUAAGAAGUCACCAUGUUAAUCCUACACUUAAAGUACAUAAAACUGAGUCACCAUGUAAUCUAUUUAAAGGAGCUACAUGGUGUGGAACAAAAAUACUGAGUACUACACAGUGCAUUAGGUGGUUGGUAGAUCUGUAUCAGUACUUGAGCUCCUUGAUAUUCUUUUAAUGGUUUUAUGAUCCAAGUCUUAUGUUUUUGUUUUUUAAUGUAGCCUAAUAUUUGUUCUCAAAUGUCUAUUGUUUUAUCUGUGAAAUUUUAAUAAAUUGCA